AUGUUAUUUGCUUGCUCAUAUACGCUGCUGGUCAGCUGGAUUCUGUACGCCAUCGAAACGCCUCACGAAGUGUCGACUAAGCAGGAGCGCCUUGGACAAAUUAGUCAGGCGGAGGACAAACUGAUCGCCGAUCUUCUCUCGCUGCAGGCUUCGUCAGCCACCAAAUCAGAAUGGAAACGGAAAGCAACGGAUGUAAUGACCACUCACUCGCUGUUUCUUUUCGACUCGUUCAAAAAGUACCAGCUGAGCGGCGAAGAAGUGCUCACAAAGCAAACACAACGUAAAUGGACCUUCGCUCACGCGAUCUUGUUUGCGGUCACAAUGUUAACAACGAUAGGUUAUGGUAACCCGGUGCCAACCUCAUUCGCCGGCAAACUCGUUUGCUUGUUGUGCGCCUUUUUCGGAAUACCGAUUGCUCUGGUGACGGUGGCAAACCUUGGGAAAUUUCUCGGCAUUUUCCUCAUUUUGGCUUACCGACGUCUUCUAACUAAGUGCAGCGACAUUCAACGCUGGCUGCACUGUUCUUACAAAAGAAGCAGUCGAGGUGCGAACGGUGAUCAGCUGGUAAUGGCUACUUCCAAUCAACUUCUGUUGCCGGCUGCCAUCGUGAUCACCUUCCUGUUGCUUUAUAUUUGUUUCGCGGCCGUGCUGACCCAUCAACUCGAGUGGUCGUGGUCGUUGUUCGAAUGUUUGUACUUUUCGUUCGUCACCACGACUACCGUAGGUUUCGGUGACCUGGUGCCGUCAUCGACCGGUGCGUCACUGACGCUGCCUCUGGUGCUUAUAUUCCUCGGCUGUGUGGUCACGUCGAUGUGCAUCGACCUGGUAGGAGUUUCGUACCUGAGGAAGAUCCAUUACCUUGGUCGCAAGAUCGUCGCUCUCGGCGACGGACUGGCCAUCGUCGGUGGACGGGUGGUGUACGUCGGCGACAUGUGUGCCAGAUUUCACUCGGCGACAAUGAAUCUGCACCGAAGCACAGCCAACACCGUCUCAUCCCGGAAAAACACGUUCGUACCGGACGAAAUCUCGAUGAUAGAGUACAUCGAUCACGAUCCGGAGACGGUCAGGGCGAAGCAUCGUCAACACACAGCAUUCCAUCUGCUUGGACGCAAGUUUCGCUGUGAGCAUUACGCCAAAAGCCAGCGUUCUGCGACCAACCAUGAACACAGUGUCACUUUCGGCCAAACUGUACUCGUGUAA